AUGGCAGCAGUGUCUGAAGCAAGGCAUGUCGGGGCGCAGCUCGACCGGGCUGGUGGCUUCGGUGUCGCGUACAGUGCGUCAUGUUGCCUUACGAAUCCUUUGCAGCGCCCCGGCUCCAUGUCCAUCUCCCUCUCUUUUCUCGGUUUCUUCUGCUCCCUCUCCCCUUGA